AUGCUUAUCCUUGAAAAGCCUCUUAAAGAAGCCCUCCUUUUCAUCUUCUUCUCCCGACUUCUCCUCCUUGUCGCGAAACAAUCUUUUAAAGAACCCAUCUGAGCUAGAACUGGGGUCUUCCUCCUCGUCCUUGUCUUUACUAUCCCUAAUAAGCCUUCGAAAGAACCCAUCUUUAUCUGAAUCAUCCUCGUCCUUGUCUUUACUAUCCCCAAUAAGCCUUCGAAAGAACCCAUCCUUAUCGGAGUCCUCUUCCUCUUUUUCCACAGACUUUCUGAACAAGAGGGCGUCUCUAACCUUUGGUCCUGGAAUGAACUUCUUAAAUAGCUUGUUCUCCUCCGAGGUAGAGGGGGACUUACCACUGACGUUACCAGUACCGGUGCUAGUGCUACUGGCAUUGUCAUUAUCUUUGUCUUUGUCUUCCUGCGAUGGGCUGCCACCAAACGACGGAGAAGAGGCCAAGGACAGAAGCUUCUGCUUAGAUGAGCGUAUCCGAUCGAGCACUGGGUGGCCCUUACCGCUCCCAGGGCUUGCAUGCGAGUUCACGGUGCUCGACUGCGGAUGCAAAAGUGGAGGCCAGUCGGCCAUUAAUGUCGCUGCUAUCUGACAUUUUUCCUGGAUCCGGCUGAUACCUUCGUUGUCCUCCGUAUCCUCGAGCUCAGCCAUGAGGAACCAGUGCACCUUAAGAGCGAUCUUAAGGGAUCUGGAGCACACGUCAAUGACGAACCUGUCGAGGGAGGGGCUGGGCUUGUGGACGAGCAUGUAGCAGAUCUGGAAAAGGUAGCUCUCGAUGCCGGUCAAGGGGAGGGUGUACAUGCGGUUGCACAGGUAAUCGCGCACCCCCGGGUGACCAUGCUUGUAGAGGUAACUCACAGCUAUCCACUCGCAGAAGAAGGCCGAAUCGAAGAAGCGUACGAGCCAGCCGCUCUCCCCAACGCCGGCCAUUCCCUCUCUGCCGCCGCUGAUCUCCCGGGGGGACUCCUCCGAGAGUAAGCGGCCCAAUCCCAGAAGCCGGACCAUGGUCAAUCAGCCACUCCAGAGCACCGUCCCCUGGGUUCAGCGGGGCCGGCCCAAGGGAGAAACCCUAGCCCUCGACAAAACGACCGAAUUAUAUGCGGGCGCCAAUCAACAGCAUGAAAUCAUAAAAUGGAACUCGAUAUCGGAGCCAUCUAAAACCCACAAUUCUCGAUCUGCUUACAUUGAUCACAACGAUCCGCAACACCAGGGAGAAUGGAGGAAAAGAAAGGUGAGCAAAAUCAGCGACCCCGGGGAGAAACAGGACGAAUCCUUCGCGCGACGGUGAAGAUCGGAACCGAUUCCUCCCCCUUCCCACCCUUCAAUCUUCCCUACGUAAAAAUCUCUCCUUCGCCAACAACAUCAUCCAGAAGAACACAUCCCCUUCUUCUCCAGCCUCCACCAUCAACGGCGGCAGCGGCGGUGGGGGCGGCGGCGGCCAGAUGGAGGGGGGGGGUGGUGGGGGAUGGAGGCUGUACAGGUAGACAGGAAUCAAUAAAAUUCGGAAAUAAGAUAAACAAGGAUCGUUAAAAUAAUAAUAAAAAUAAGCGGAGAAAAGGCCAUCUUAUGCUCCGGCGGAACAAAAUAUUAUAAAAUUCGCCACCGUGGCCGUUCAUCGUGUCCGUCCAACGACGGUUGCCACGUGGAUGGUCCUUCCUGGUAUGUUCUCGAGGACUCAUCUCGGCCGUACAAGGGAUAACGACGAACUACACAUAUGAACCUCUCAUGUGGAUCCACGUGUCUUUCAUCAUUUUCCGCUUCGGAUUUAAUUGGCCAGGCCCAAAAAACAAUUGAGCCCAAAACACGAUAUCCUUCCAGUCCAGACCGGACCUAGGUGGGGCCCAUUAUCUUGGGCCCGCUCUUCCUGAGAGGGAGGGGUAAAAAUGCUAAAAAGAAAGAUAAAGUGGUAGUAAAAGAGAAAAUUGCCCCCAUGCAGGAUCGAACUACAGACCUUCAGUUUACAAGACUGACGCUCUACCACUGAGCUAUAGGGGCAGUUUGACCCAAAAAAUAAUCUCAGGGAAGCUGAACAGGAGUUCUCCAUUUCUGGAAAGCUUCCAGCUGCCUGUUGACAAUGGAGCCAUUGUGGAGCCAGAAUGUCUCCGUUGACUGGUGGAACCUCCUCACUUUCCUCUGGAGCUCCCACAAGAUGGCCCCCAUUGCCGAGCAUGGCUCAGUCUCUGAGGCGUAGACCCACAGGCACCUCACUCGCCUCCCAUUGGCCAGCAUUUCCUCAAUUGCCUCAUCUGCGGCCGCCAGAGUCAACGGAGCAUCGUUUGUCAACGUUACUCCCAUCAGGUCAACGAGGAGAAUCUUGCAGAAGAUUGGGCGAGGAUCUUACAUGGUAUGGACUGUAGAUACUCCAGGAGUUCAAUGCCAAUGCGAGUGGACGGCCACUUGAUAGAUAUGCGGCUGUAGUCGAUAAUGUUCUGGAAAGGAAGCUCUACCUGAUCGGAGAGGAUCACUGGAACACAUUCCUGAUUUAUUGGGGUAUUUAGCAAGAUUAGUCGAGAUGAGCAGAUAAUAGGAGGCAAAUUAAAGGGGAUGAUAACCAAGCACAAAAAAAAUGGUAGAUAUAUAUAUAUAUAUAUAUAAUAUUAUUUAUAUAUAUUUAUUCCCCCUCAAAAGGGUAAGAUGAAUUUCUCUCUCAGACUGUGCCAUAUGCAUUUUAAUUAUUAUUUAAUAAAAUAUGGAGCAAACGAUUAAAAAAAAUGGAUAAGAUGUGAGAGUAGACCAUGCAAUAAAUAAAAUAAAAUAAAAUAAAAUAAUAUCCCACGUGUUCAACUGUUAGUCAGCGGGUCCAAUGGAGGCAAUUUGAUAUUAGCUGAUAGAAAUUAGAAAAACGAGAAAAAGGCAGAUUAUCUUUUUUUAAAAAUAUAUAAUAUUUGAUCAUAUGAAAGAAUGAAAGAAAUAUGCAUGUGAUGGGGGUAGUACGAAGAGAGAGAGAGACCAUGAAGAAAGCUUCAUAAAAGCGAAGGGUCCAGGAUGAUUCGCCACGUGGAGCCAAGCAGAAUUUCGCAUUCCUCAAAUGGUGAAAGUAAUCGAUCCUUCCCAGUUUGUUAGGUCCAGAGAGCUUGAGCUCUGGAGACUCCAACUGCUCAUGAAAUCAAAAGGGACAGAUUAUUUCGACAAACAGAGAGAAAUAUUAAUUAAAUAAAGCACAAAAAAAACCGAAAUUUGUGUUUAAUAAUAUAUCUAAAGAGUAUUUUCACAGGGUAAAAUAUGGCAUUUUAUACAACUUAAUAGCAUCUGAAGUGGAAUCUAGAGAUGAUUCUUUAUUCUUCAUUUACUCCAUUUCAUGUGAUGGAAAUCAGACACCAAUUGUGUAGGAAAACCAAUUACUGGAAAUAAAAAAAUAGAUGCAAACAUUUUUCAUGAUUUAUCUGCACUAUAAUAUUAAUUAAUUAAAUCAAAUGUGUUAAAUCCGUGUGCCCAAUGAGAUACAAGUGUGGAUGCGGACAGCAGGGCAAUCUCUAUGCGGAUAUAAAUUGAUUUUUUUAUGAAAAUGAGAAAAAAAGGAAAAUAAACAGCAGUUCAUGGUUUGUGCAUGAAUGAAAUUGAUGCCACUUUGGCAAAGUAUUUCUAAUCACUUCGACAUAAAUAUUUAAAAUAAGAUAUAAGAAUUACAAACAGGAAGUGGUUGAGAACCUUGUCAGGGUACUGCUUAGCGAGCUCCACCAAUUGGAGACGACCAGUCUUUCCCUGGGCACGGCCCAGAAAAUUUGCCAAGUAUUUCCUUUUUGAUAAAGGAAUAGGCUGAACAACUGCAGAACUAUGAAAUGCGGUAACUCCAUCGUCAACAUUGCCCGGGAUGAUUAUAUCUUUCCACGUGUUAAAGGCACUUGUGUCCCGUUUAUCUGUUCGAUCCCCCUGCAUUAGUAUACAAGCUUACUGAAAUUUGUGCAUUUGGAAUGGAGAGUAACACUACUAAAAAUAGGACUAAGGCCGUAGACAGCAAUGUCAUUCUGAUUAAUUUUCUCAUUCAUUAUAGUACCAUGAACCAAGGAUUAACGAAUCAGAUUUUAAUGUAAUCAGCGGCCUUUAAGUUUCAAUGAAACAUUGAAACACUUAUCUAUGGUAUGUUAAUCAGAUUUAAUGAAACAUUGAACAGAAUAGCAUGUAAGAUGGUAUGAUAGCAUUCCGAAGACAGUAGACAACUAUGAAAGAUUUCUUGAGGAAUGUAUUCAGCCAUUUACGUUUAGAAGCUAUAUAUAAUCGAAGUUUUAGUUUUUCACUGCGAGAAGAAUGUUUUGACAAGGAAGUCAAUAAGUAUUAGACUCCCCAUUGGCAACAAUAUUAAAGCUUGACAAUAUCUUCUGUACCUCAGGAGUUAGAAUGAUGGAGCGGUUCAGAAACACCGGCCAAGACCGAAAUAAGUGAGCACCAGCACCACUGCAUAUGCAACCAAGAAGUUACGAAGUUACUGCGCGAAAGUAGCAAUGAACUCAUCUACUAAUCGAAUACAUGUCGGUAAUUUUUAUUCAAGUCCUUGUGAACCCACGAUUAAAAAUGAGUCAAGGGAUGGAUUCGACACAUAUAAAUUAGAACGAAAAAGAAAAAAUGGUACCUGGGAAAGACGAAGAUGUGGUCACGACCACCUGAUAAACGAAAAUAUGGCAUUUGACUCAGAACCUGAAAAUUCACGGCAUAAUUAAAGGUUAGAAACAUAACUUUCGCCAUGACAGACAACUGUUAAGUUCAUAGGACCAAAGGAACAUACAGCAAGGAGGCAUGUGUGCCUAUCUUGAUUAGAGACAUGUGAUGUAAUCGACUACUGUGAUGUAGAGACAUGUGGCAUAUUUUGAAACCCCGAGAAAUAUGUAUGCAUUAGAUGCUGGAGAGUUUCAUCGGACCUUUUUUUACUGAAGGAAACUAGAGUGCUGCUCCUUGAGAAAAGAAUGCCACAACCACCGUUAUUUGACAAUCAUCAUUCAUAUUCUCUAGGAUUUGGGAAGAGGACCAUUCAUAUUGCUUGACAGCAAUUCUAGAUAGAACAGAGAGCUCAGUCACGUCUCUGCUUGUUUGCCUUAUUGUGGGAUGUGAUACAUUUUGGACAGGCUCUUGCAACUUUGUUAAGGAAACUGUCUUACCUCACCCUGCGAAUCUUUGGAUUUCUAGACGUUUAUUUUUCUUGUUGGUCCUCUUUCAGAUGGCCAGCCGCCAUUAUCUAUCCAUAGAUGAAUCAUUAUGUUCCACUUUACAGCAACCAAUUGGUCCAUAGACUUAACAAAGCCAUGAAUUUGUUCACGAGCCUUCAGUUAAAUGGCAACUACACAGAAUUUUAAUAUGUUUUGAACAUGGACACAUGGAAAAUGCCCAUAGUCAUUCAAGAUCCAUACUUACUCAUGAUGAUAGGCGUUAAAAUCAAACUCGCCAAUAAGCCUCUAUCAUUUAAAAGAAACAGGCACAACCAUCGUUUUGAAUCCACAAGAGUCUUCAAACGUUAGAAAUAAACACUAGAACGUCAUGUAUUCAAAGAAUGUCGAUACAGUAUUUGCAUUCAAACUACACAUCGUUAGAAAAGCAUUCAAAGAAAAGCUUCUAUCAGAAUCUUCACUUAAUCAUGUAUAAAAUAUUUGGAUUUCUCUACACUAGAACGUCACGACAAUUUCAUGUGUUUCUUUAUAUUAGCAAUGACAUAUUUUACACGAGAGAUCCAAAACAAACCUUGAAUGAUUUCCCAUAAUUUAUUCUGAUUCAUGCCGUCGAUACAGUUUUUCAAAGGACUUUCUGAAACAUAGUCACAAGAAUAUCAACUAAAAUCCGUAGUUACCUUGACAAAUGUCUGGUUAAUCUCCUUAUCAUUCAGACCCCCGUUCAUUCUGACGCACUUAACAUAGGUGGGAACAAAGAAAAGAUCAGCUUCCUCUUUGUUCAUUGUUCGGAACUUCGACUGGAGGAGAAAUUGAUGGAUUUUAACCUUCACACAAGGGAACAGACAACACACCUCAGCUGGAAAAUAACAGCAUACUCGAAAUGUCAAAUCAAUGUAAUAAACAUUUAGUAUUCUUGUCUAAUGAGAAACAGGUAACGGGCUAGACGGGCUUAAUUAGCAUAAAAAAAGCAGUCGGAACUCCGUGUAUUAAGGCACAUUCACGCAAAAGUCAAAGUUAUGACAAUUGCCGCAGGACAAUAAAAAUAACGCAAACUAUAGAUCCCAUGCUGACCUGGGUUCCCCAUUGACCCUUGACACAGGAAUCUGGAGAGAUAGUGCCGUCCCUACCGCGCAUCAGCUCUCGCAGCCCGUCGAUCUCGCGAUCGUCGUAGACGUAGAUCUUGAGGGACAGCCGAGAUCCGUAGGCUCGGUCGGGCCACGCCAGCCCGCCCCCGGCGAAGGGAUCCCGGUGCCGCUCAUCCAGGGCGGAGUGGAGGUGAGAUGAGUAGGAAGUCGAAGACGGAGCGGACGGAGAGAAGGCCCGGUCGACAAUCCUUGUCACGAAGAAGGUGAGUACCACCAAAAGUAGUGCCCCAAUCUGCUGGACCCUGCCACACUGCAGGGGGCCCAAGGCGCUCCGGCUAGCUCUGUUCAAACCUCCCAUCCACUCUCUCUCUCUAUCUCUCUCAGAGUCGCUCUUUCUCUCUCUAAUAUCUCUCUCGUUCCGACUUCCCCUGGUGAAGUAGACUUUGAGUGGCGGUGCAGGACGAGGGAAGGUGGGGAAGAAACAGAUGGUGAAGCCGAGUCGAUGACACGAGCCCGGCUCGGCCGAUAUGGACAGACUCAACGAGUCCAUGACGAUUUGGACCGUGGGUCGCACUCGCCGGUUCGGCCCGGUCCGUGAGUGGGCCGAUGUAUAAAUACCCGCUCAUUACACUUUCCCGCCCUUUUGAACCCCGCCAGUUCCAAGGUGUCGGCACUGCCACUCCGAUCCAUCGUUCCUCCAAGAAAUCCCUAGUCGCAUUCAGAUUUCUGUUUCCAUCUUUUGAUCUGUAAGGGGAAAGGAUUCAGGCGGGGGAAGAGGGGUAAGUGCUAUCAAGAUGAAGGGAGGGACUCUCCAGAUCAACUGGCAUGACACCAAACCCGUCCUAACCCUAGAUUUUCACCCUCCGUCUGGGCUCCUCGCCACCGGUGGCAACGACCAUGACAUCAAGGUCUUGUGUCCGCUCUCUGAUCUGUUCAUAAUUUGAUGUUUUUUUGGCUCACGGGGACUGUUUCCUUGUAUGAACGGCUACAUACUAUUGUAUGGUUUAGGUUUUUCGCCCAUACGUGAACCGAAUGCUUCUUUCUUCAUGGAAAAAUGUGUUUCUACUCUCAUUUUUUUUAUUUUUCAAAUCCUACCUUCUUACAAGGUUAUUCAUCAAGCAGAUAUGACCCUUUUUUUUGUUCACUUUAUCAGAGUUGGAUUAUAAAGCAUGGGGUUUAAACUCUGAGCUGCAAUGCAGUUGUUGGCACUUGACCUUUCUUUUCCGCAUAUACGAAAUAAACAUUAAGGCCCAAGCGGCAAAAAACGCAGAAAUUUGUCUCGGCAUCUUAAUUAUACCAAGAGUAACGUUCAUUUGCUUGCUUCUUCAUGUACGUUUUUUAAAAAAAAAAUCUCUUGCUUGCAGCUUUGGGCUGUGAUGGUCGUGAAAGAGUCGAAGAAAGGGCCAACAACGACUUACAAAAACAGUCUUUCUUACCACAGUUCUGCUGUAAAUGUGUUACGCUUUUCUCCAUCUGGUGAGGAGAUUUACUACAUUAAUUAUGAAUUUCUUUUGUAAACACUUAGAAAAAUCAUAUAUUUCCAUUAUUUGCUUGACCCAUAUGAAAUGAAGGAGUCCUGGUCAACACACUGUGGUUUCAGAUGAUACAGGAUACCAUGGAUUUCCUUUUUAGACUCCGCUCUUUCCUCUUUCACAUGGUUUGCACCGUACUUAUGAUUUGGCAUAGAGGACAUCCUAUUUCUUCUCUUUUACAUUUAGUUUCAUUGUUUGUACCUGAGAGUGACCUCGAUCUCUUUCAAUCUGCAGGAGAACAUCUUGCUUCAGGUGCCGAUGGUAUGUAUGUUAUUUCAAUAUUUAAAUGUGCUACAGCUCUUUGUUCUUUUUCUCCCUUCACUUUUAAAAAGUGUUAAUGUUAACCUUAGUGAUCAAUAGCAUUUAAAUUGAUCAACCAAUUGACCUUUUUCAUCUGGGGUCUCUAAUUAGUUUUUAAAAUUUUAGGUGGUGAGUUAGUCAUAUGGAAACUGCAUUCAGCAGACGACAUUCCUUGUUGGAAAGUACUGAAAACUCUGUUGUAAGAUUUCCUCCACAGUCUCUCUGGAGCUAUUUGAAUCUACUUUCAUGCGUUAAUUCUCCAGUUGUGUGGCAUUAUCUUAUCAGAUUUCAUCGAAAAGAUGUUAUGGAUUUGCAGUGGUCCCCUGAUGGUGGUUUUCUAAUUUCUGGAUCUAUCGACAACACCUGCAUCAUAUGGGAUGCUAAUAAAGGUAUGCUGAUGAACUCAAACUAUAUGUCAAUUGAUUAUGUGGCAUUUUCAUAGCCUUGCCAUGAAACCAUGCAUCAGGUUCUGUGCAUCAGAUUUUGGAUGGUCAUCUACACUAUGUGCAAGGUGUUGCAUGGGACCCUUUGGGUCAGUUUGUUGCCUCACUUAGUUCUGAUAGAACAUGCCGCAUUUAUGUCAACAAGCCACAGGCGAAAGUGAAAAGUCAUGAGAAACUGAAUUACGUCUGCCAGCAUGUUGUUUCAAAGUCUGAACCUCAAAGGCAAGAUGACGCCAAGGUUUGUGCACACUACAUUUUCAACUACUUCUAGAAACUUAUUGCCCCAUUGAUAAUGAUCUUUUUUCUUUCCAAUUUCUAUCUCUCAGGCUCAGUUACCUAAGGCUUAUCUGUUUCACGAUGAUACAUUGACAUCUUUCUUUCGAAGAUUGGCGUGGUCACCUGAUGGAUCAUUUUUGUUAGUGCCGGCCGGUAUGAUGUGGACUUAUAAUUUUUUUAUUAAAUAUUUUUUUAUUUAUUUCAUAUCAUGGUAAUGCAUCACUUGAACUUUUUUGUGUGAGGAGAAAGCAUGCAAAAAAAAUUAGAUUACUGUUGACUAUGUUUAUUUUCUAACAAUUACCAACUUCUGUUCUUAUCAGAAAGCAUGAUUUGUGCGUGAUGAUAUACACUUACUAUAGGUUGUAAUAAGAAGCAUUUGAAUCUUCAGCUUUUUCCUUGUAAAAUUUGUUUAUCUUCCGAGAUGGAUAUUGGGUAGGCAUAUAUUGUCACAAAAUUAAUGUAUUUGUUCUUAGAUAUUUGCCUGUACAUCACGAAUUGUAUUCCAGAUUUAAUUCUUAUGUUACUGUUUUAAGUUUUUUUUAUUUUUUUAGUUUGAAACUUAUAUCAAUUUUUCUGCACUCUUAAAAUAGAAAAUGUAAGAGAGUAGAAGUUUACAGUUUAACUAUCAUGCUGGUGACGGUGAAUGCUGUAUGUUCUUGUCUUUUUGCUUUUAUUAAUUUUUUUCCACUUUUUACCUUCUGGUGUUCUUAACUUCCAGGUAUUUAUAAACUGUCAUCUAAAUCAGAAGCAGUUAAUACGGCAUAUAUAUUUGCAAGGAAAGAUCUUUCAAGGUGAGAUAUCAUAUUGCUUAUUUUAAUGAAAAAAUCAUAUUCUGUGUGGGAUGAUUAGAAUAUUUUUUUUCAUUAAUAGUUUUCACUAGGCAAUAACUGAUGAUUCUGGGAAAGCUGCUUUAAUUCUUAUAUUUCAUAUAUUGUAAACAAUCAUCUUUUCGUUCCUUCUUAUUGUUCUUGUUGUUCUAAUUUGAUAUACCUGUGUACUGCAUGCUUUUCCAGAGACUAGGGAAUAAUUUGACUGCAUUUUUACUGGAAGCUUAUCCAAUCUUUCUGGAAGAAUAAUGAAAGCCAGCCUAUAAAAAAUUGAUAGAAAAGACUCGCAUCAGGUUGUUGAGAUGUUUUCUUUUUCUUUGUAUACUUCGUGGCUUGUUCGAAUAGGAUCUUUCAACUUUCUUGCAUUAGUCACUGUUUUCCUUGCAUCCCUGCCUUGUUAGAAUAAGUGAUUCAAGUCCAUCGCCUUAACAAUCUCCCUCCUAUGGCACGAAGCAUGAAUGGAAUGGCAUUCUGGUUUCAUUGUUUCUCUUAAUAGCUAAAUUGCUUUUUAUGCACACCUGGGAAACUUUGAGCAUUAUUUUCCACCAUUUAUGGUUAUUGUUCAGUUCAGCAUUUAACUGGGUGAUUAAAAUAAUAUCCUCUAUUAAAGGAUGAAAACAAAUGGGAAAAAACUUGCAGGCCUAGUAUGAAAGAACGAACAAUGAAAAGAAAAUUGUAGGGCUAGUAUUUCAUCCAAGUCGGCUUCUAUACUUUGAAGUAUAUAUCUAUCUAUCUAUAUAUAUAUGUAUAUAUAGUCUUUAAACUCAUGAUCUUGCAGGCCUUCGGUGCAACUGAGGGGAGCUAGUGGACCCGUGGUGGCAGUACGAUUCUGCCCCAUUAUGUUUCAUCUGCGGGGAUCUAACACAGGUACAGGGGAUACAUUCUAGUUGACAUCUGGCGUAUGAUCCAACCUUGUCGUAACGGGUACUGGGUUGACUUUCUUAAUGCAAGCAGCUGGUUCCUUCAAGCUCCCAUAUCGAAUUGUCUUUGCGGUGGCCACCUUGAGUUCCCUCUAUGUCUACGACACCGAGAGCAGCACCCCAGUAGCCAUCUUGGCCGGGCUUCACUACGCAGCCGUCACCGACAUUGCAUGGUAAACGUGCUUCCGUUGCCAUUUCUCCCAUGAUGAUCAGAUCUUAGACAUGAUGCCAUCUGAAUAGGGUUCUUGAUUUUUCUAGGUCACCAGAUGCCAGAUAUCUUGCAGCGUCAUCCAGAGAUGGCUUCUGCACUCUUCUAGAAUUCGAGAACGAAGAACUGGGGUCGCCCAUCUCUACCACAGGUACGAUUAUCAGCCACACUCGACGAUGGCAAGAAAUCCAAAGUCAUUGUUCGUUCAUGUCGAUGAAUCUUUCCAUAUGUUUUCAUGUGUAGAUGAUGUCGAGCAAGCGGGUGAAGAACGCGCAGGUGUUGUGGUGGCUAUGGAGAUUGACAGGGCAGCAGCAGCGCCUGGUUCAGCUGAUGGGGAGAAGGAUUCGAAGCCCAUUGAGGUGAGGCGAGAACCGGUGGUGCCGGCCAAGAGCACGGAUUCGAGUAAGCCUGCCAAGAAGCGGAUCACUCCCGUGGCCAUUGUUUGAGGAGGCAUGGGAAUCGCCUGGUUGGUCCUCGCUCCUUCAAAACCAUGAUCAUAUGUGAUUAUUUCCGUUUUUAAUACCUAACACUUGUGAUCAUGGCUGUUGGACUACGUUUAGGAAUGUCAGCAGGCUUUUCUGCCGGACCCACUUGGUGAAAAGCCCAACCGCUGCUAGAGAGAGAGAGAGAGAGAGAGAGAGAGAGAGAGAGAUGGGCUGCAUGCAUGAAGUUGGAAGUUUAUUCGAAAUGGAUCACAGUGAAUUAAAUGAGCCAUGGCAGCUCUUCAGCGCGGGCAUCACGAGGGUUGAUGUCUUUGUUUUCAGCGAGGAUCACAGCGGUGGGAGUCAGCGGGGUCGGGCUCGGUCUGGCUCUUCUGGUCAUGGAGGAGGUCAACGCAGUGGCUCGAGGUCGGGGCGGGGGUUGACCUAUCGUGCCCCCGAAGAGCCUCUGUUACCGCAGCCUGAGCGUGUGUGGACGCCUCUACGGAGAGUUCGGCCCUCUUGAUCUCCUCGUUGACCCGGAGGUCCUCGUCAACGGAGACGACUACGAUGUGUUCGCCGUGUGGACCGGGAAAGAUAUUCUCGUGGACCCUGACAUGAUCCUCGACGUGGACGACGUCCGUUUCAGCCACCACCACCACUUUCUUCUUCAUCUUCUUCUUCUUGGCUAAGCAGCAGAGGGCGGCGGCCAUGAAGGCGAGGAGGAAGAGACCCCCCAGCGACACGAACACCACCACUAUCACCGUGCUGUGGUGGUGGUGGUGACCCGGUGGCGACAGUGGCGGCGGCGGAGAAUGUGGCGGCAAUGGGGGAGAAUGCGGCGGCGAUGGCGGGGAGUGCGGUGGCGAUGGCGGGUAAUGCGGCGGCGAUGGCGAUGGCAGAGAAUGUGUCGGCGAUGGCGGAGAAUAUGGCGGUGAGAGAGACGGGUAAGGUGGUGGUGGUGGGGAGGAGGGAGGGGGAGGGAGAGGGGGCGGCGGAGAGAAGUAG